AUGCUGAGGAAACAAAAUGAGAGGGAUAUAGCUACACAGGAGCACGCGAUAAAUGAAAUGGAGAGGCAAAGAGAAAGAAGAGGGGAUGAAGAACGACAAGAACUAGAAGAAGCCAUACGACAAAGCAGGCACGAAAAUACAUUUAGGAAAGCCCGGUUGAAAAGACCUAGGCAACAACAAGAAGACAUAUUCCUAAACAGCGAAAUUUUAAGAGAAAUAGCAGAGCUAAGAGAAUUAGUAACAAAAGGGAAAGAUGGAGGAAGAAGACAGCUAGAAGAAGCAGCAAGGACACCCUUCGCGCGGCGAAUACAAUUAGUAACAAUAUUCAGGAUGAAAGACAGAAUAACGAUGUCGGAGCUAUGCGAAUACCAGGAAGAGUAUAUCGCUCUUGAAGAAAAGGAGAGAGAUAUGUACUCCUACCCGGUUCCAGUCGCGAGCGAAAAGAUAGGAAAUGCAAGUCUAUUACCAAGGAUGACGAAUGCUGUUGCGAGCAGUUCGCAGGGAAGCAAAGAGAAAUUAAUCAUAACGCCACCACCUAAUCUAGGGCAAGAACCACCAUCUGAAAAAAUAAGUAAAGAAUUCUGCGCUUAUCAUCGUUUCCAUGGCCACACAACGAAUAACUGCAAGAACAUGCAACGAAUCAUAUUAAGAAUGAUUAGACAAGCAAAGGUUAACCACUUCCUAGCUACACCACUACCUCCUCCACCACCUCCUCCACCACCACGGCAACCAACAACAGGUGGACAGACGUCAGGAGCGGACAAAGGAAAAAAAUACUUUUCUGAUAGAAGUGGGAGCGAAUGCCAAGAAUCUACACUAUAUAAAGGAAGACAAGAGCUGCUCAACAGUUCACAAGUUUAUGGCGUCCCAACACCACCACCACCACCACCACCACCACCACCACAUGGUUCUGAUACUUGUUAUCCUUCACCAACUCCUCCACUUAUUACCAAGCAAGACAAUCCCAACAAUGUUUGA